AUGGCGGAUUGUAUGGGCGAGUGCGUGGCACAGUGCAUCUUCAGAUCAAUCCUGACAAUCUACUUCAUCGUCAUCGAAGGCCUGAUCGUCGAGCGGCGCGACCCGGUUAUAAGAUGCGGUCGCCGACUCCAACACCUGCUGCACCUGCCCAAAGCCAUGUGCGUCUUCGCCGACGAAGACCCUGGCAUGUCGGACGACACCAUACGCAUGAGCGCCGUGGCCCUGAGUCUCUCCUUUACGGUCGCGAUCAUGACCGUACUGGUCGUCGCGGUUUUCAGAGGGUCGUUCGUAUUCUGGGAUCCGUGGAUACUGGGCCUUGCGGUUGCGAGCCCGAUCUGCGUCAUCGCCACAGUCUGGCUGGUACUGGCACUCGCAUUGAGACGAGAGCGAGCGCGUCUGGGAAAAGGAAUUCACACGGCGUCGACCAAGGAAACAGAAGGAUCGGCACUGUCGGAGAACACACGGAUGGAAGAGCACGGCCUAGAACGAUCGCUACAAGCGAUCUGGACGACAAUGGUCUAG